GAUCUCGUUGAGGACCUUGACGAGCCCCCAGAACAGAGGCUGUACAUGCCCACGCCCACCAAGCCUCUGCCUUUCCAGAGAGCCCCGAUUCGCCCACAACAGGUCGCAUCCUCGCUACUGACCCAGGCUAUCUUGGGACAGUCUGAUGAGGAGGACAACCACGUUUUCCACCCUUCCCAUGCCUAUAGCCAGCGCCGCCGUUCCAUGGUAAGCAAUGCUAGUAUUGCUUCUACCGCUGAUUUGACCAGCGAUACUGGUCUCACCAGCCCUUCGCGAACCAAUACACCCAGCCCACCUCCCCCGGACCUGUCAAUGCUUCUGGAGGAGCCCGUCAAAGAAGCUCCUCGAAAGCGAUGCAUUCAGUUUGCCUGUGCUGCCAAGCCUCAGGCUCAGCCACAAACCGUCCCUGCUGCUGCUCCGUCAGCUGCUUCUCCUCCUGCGCUCAAGACCCCCCUGGCACAGGAACCGCCAAAGCGCUGCAUCAAGUUCGCCUGCACAGCUCGCCCAUCAUCUGCACAAAAGACUUCCCCCAAGCCCUUUGAGCCCUCCACUCCCAAGCGGAGCAUGACUCUUCCCGUCCCCAUCUCUCCGAGACUCGUGCCUGCUCAGCAGCAGUCUGUCAAGGCUUCGCUUGUUCGACCUCGAUUCCUUCGUGCUUCAUCCACGGAGCUCAUCAAGGACGGAUCUCAGUUCCACGAGUUUGCCAGUGGCAUGGCUCGUGAGGAUGACUGGAUCCGACAACAAGACUCCACUCAAGCUAAGCUUACCAUUUCGGAUACCCUGGUCAAGGAGAACCUGUUUCGCCGUCUAGGAGCUGAAGCCGAAGAGGAGGCUGAGAUGGAGGAGCGAGAGGAAGAUGAGGCCGAGACUGCCAUGGAUGAUGAUGAUGAUGAAGAUGAAGACGACGAGGAUGAUGAGCUUGAUGUCUUGGAUAUCGAUGAUGAGGAUGAGGAUGAGGAUGAGGACGAAGAGGAUGAUGAGGACGAUGAGGCGGAUGACGGCUCCGACGGUUACCACACUGACGAGGAAACUGGCUUCGCUGAUUCCGACGAGGAAGAUGACGAGGACGAAAACAUGGCCAUGUGGACGCCGGGCCGUGCCCCAUCCGUCCCCCGCCAGGUUACUCCCCGCUUGGCUCGCCGACUCUCCUUGACCGAGCACUCGGAUUCUUCCAUUGGCUCCAGGCGCAGCCGUCGUCGUUCCCUCAAGGCUCGCCCCAUUGGACCUCAAGUCGAGGCACCGGACUUGCCAGACAGCACCGACUUCGUGUGCGGUACUCUGGACGAGGAUCGACCCGUUGAGGACGCUUACCUUUCAUGCCUCGCUGCUCGCAGAAACGAGAAGCUGCGCAUUAUCCCCCAAGACAUUGACCCUAGCUUCCCGGCUUCGGACCUUGACGAAGAGGAUGAAGAGGAUGCCUAUGUGGCUGCUGCUGACAGUGAUGAACAUCCUUGGGUCCACGGCGCCAUGGAGGAUCUCGAUAACGAGACAGACCGCGCUCGAAGGAGGCGGAAGAACGAAAACACAUCUCCCCGACGAUUCCGUUCUCCACCUCCCAAGCGACGCGGCUCUCCCGCCCCCAAGCCUCGCGUUCGAUCCCCUAAGCCUCUUUUUGACCGCCAGUCGCCUCGUCGAGCUCGCUCCCCGGCUCCCAAGGCUGUGGCCAUUGCCACUCCCAUCCAGACUCCACGACAGGGUGCACACACCAAGUUCCAGCUUGCUGGCCGCCCUGGUCUAACCCAGACCAAAUCCCUGCCCAGACCCGCAGCUAUCUUCCGCCAUCAGAAACAGCCCAAGGGCUCCAAGACCUCGUCUGACACUGAUGGCCACAUCCGCAGUGCCAUUGACAUUGUCAAGGGCCUUGAGAAGAAGCGCCUGCGCCGCAAGGAAAAGUUCUUCCAAAAGUAUUGCGAUCGUGCCCGACGUGGGCAGAUCCCUGAGCGCAAGCCGCUUCCUGGCCUGGGUGCCGAACGCAUGCGAGAACUUGGGUUGCUCAUGGCGGGUAAGAAGGACCCGGGCAACUACGUUCUCUCG